CUCUGUUUGUUACUUUAGCCUGGCUGCAUACAGAGGUGUUUCUGUGCGACGUGGAGGCAUAUCUCCUCGGCUAAGACAACACAUUCAAAAUGACAGUACUACCUCACCUUAGUUAAAAAACAACUGGAACGGUAGUUUGCGAUGGGCAUAAGUCAAAGCUCAAUAGUACCCGACGGGGGGACAAGUGGAUACCAUGUCCAUGGGAUCCAAGAGAACUCCCCUGCACACCAUGCUGGUUUGGAGCCAUUCUUUGACUUCGUCCUAUCAAUAGGAAACACCAGACUGAACAGAGAGAAUGACCUGCUGAAGGCCCUUCUGAAGGCCAACGUGGAGAAGGCAGUGAGGCUGAAGGUGUGGAGCACCAAGGCUCUUAGGGUCAGAGAGCUGGAGGUGGUUCCUAGCAACAUGUGGGGGGGCCAGGGGCUCCUGGGGGCUUCUGUACGCUUCUGCAGCUUCCAGGGAGCCCAUGAGAAGGUCUGGCACAUCCUGGAUGUGGAAUCUAAUUCCCCAGCAGCGUUGGCUGGCUUGCAGGCACACCAAGACUUCAUUGUUGGAGCGGACCAGGUGUUGCAAGAUUCUGAGGACUUGUUCACCCUGAUCGAGAGCAACGAGGGCAAGCCUCUGAAGCUGCUGGUCUACAACACUGGGACAGACCUCUGUAGAGAGCUGGUGGUUGCCCCCAAUGGAGCCUGGGGCGGAGAGGGCAGCUUAGGUUGUGGUAUUGGAUACGGCUACUUGCACCGAAUCCCAAGCCGUCCUGUUAACCUGAACAGCCAUGGGGCCCUUCCUUUACCUACACCUGAUGACAACAGCAGAACCCGAGAGAUCCCCCCUGGUCACCACACUGAGCCGGGCGAAGGAGUGUUGGGUCCGCAGCAGCCCAUCCAGGUCCCCUCUCUACAUCUACCUCCUCCCAUCCAGAGAAUCAUGGACCCAGAUUCCUCCAGUAUCUCUGAGGCUCUGACACCUGACCUAUCAGAGAUGGUCUCCUCCAUUGACGUGGGUCACAUGACCAAGGACGUGUCCAUGCUAGCCAAUGACGGGGAUGUCUCCUGUCGUCAACACCACCCCAACCCCCAAGACCUGAUGUCCCCUCCCUCUGGUGGAGCCGCCACAGGGGACCUGAUCAGUCAUGACGUCUCAGAGGCCCUGUCUGACACUGCUACAUCACUGGACCAGGGGGUUGAUCUGAACAUGGCAAUACACUCACACCUGGCAAACCACAGCCCACAACUCAAGGCAGAGGAGGGGGAGAUGAGGCAUUAGAGCACAUUGCUGCAUCAGAGGAGGCGGCAUUAGAGCACAUUGCUGCAUCAGAGAAGGAGAAGGAGGAGGCAUUAGAGCACGUUGCUGCAUCAGAGGAGGAGGAGGCAUUAGAGCAUGUUGCUGCAUCAGAGAAGGAGGAGGCAUUAGAGCAUGUUGCUGCAUCAGAGAAGGAGAAGGAGGAGGCAUUAGAGCACGUUGCUGCAUCAGAGGAGGAGGAGGCAUUAGAGCAUGUUGCUGCAUCAGAGGAGGAGGAG